CUGCCAUAUCUUUCUUUUUUGCAUUUGUCAAAGCUUGAAAGCUAUCUUCGUCUUUCCGUUUCCGUGUCUUCCGCCUCUUCCAUCAUCCCAUACAAGCAGUCUCGUGUGUGUUCCGUCAACCGCAUAAUACAACCAACCAUCCUCACCAUCACCAUCACACACACACACACACACAUCAUUAUAUCCUCAGCAAUUCAUCAACCAAAACAAAACAAAACAAAACAAAACAAAACAAAACAUCAAACGCAAUGUCUCGCAUCGCUGCCCCCGUCGCCAAACUCUCCCGCGCGCUGAGCUCCUCCGCCGCCGCCUCCCGCGCCGCCAACCCGCUGCUCGUCGAAGCGGCCACUUACAACGCCGGCGCCGCCCUCAUGCCCAAGUACGCCGAGCUGCUGCGCAACCGGAGGACCACCACCACCACCAUCAACACCGCCGCCAUUGAGCACUCCGAGUCCACCCGCUCCCUCACAACAACCCACCGCCCAACCCCCCAGCCCUCCAUCGCCAACCGCCCCAAGCCUCUCAUGCAGACCUUUUCCACCUCAUCAACCUCAUCAGCAACAACACCCUCCGCCCACCUCGACGCCGCCAUCCUCCCCAGCUUCGCCUCCCUCUCCUCAUCAUCUUCAUCCUCAUCAACAUUCGCAGACCUCCCCCGCAUGCCCCUCCUCCCAGACAGCUACGCAACCGCGCAUCCCGCCCCGGCCGCAGAUCCCCCCGUCUCCAUCGCCAGCUCCUCCAUCGUCGCCGUCAACCCCGACGCCGUCGUCCCCGCCACGCCCCUCUCCUCGCUCAGCGGCGUCCUCGACACCGUCGAGCUCAAGUUCGUCCACGAGCCUGAGCCCGCCAAGGUCGACGAGGCAGGCGGCGAGACCAGCCAGGGCAUGAUUCGCGAUCUGUGGAAGGGCAUGGUGGAGGAUGUCCUGGGCGCGGGGCAGGCUCUGCGCAAGUCGACUUGA